AUGGACACUAUCAUAGUGGACCAAGGUCAGACAAUGUAUGGCUUUUUUGAACCUCAGGUUUAUUGUGUUGGUAACUGGUUAGAGCAACUUGAAAACAUGAAGCUUUCUUGCCUCUUUGCUUUGCUCUUGGUGGUUGGAGCAACCGUGAUGUUCCUUAACAUCUUAAGUCCUACCAGGGCCUCCGGUGCAUAUGUUCUUCUGCUACUUGAUUUUGUUACUCUUUAUUUCAAUAAAGCAAAUCUUCAAACUCUUUUUGUUUUCAUUUGGUCUUGUUGUGCAUGCAUAUCAGAUUUGAUUGAAACCAACAGUGGAGAUAAAGCCACACGGAUUGCAGCAGUAAGCAGGAAACUGAAGGAAAAUGGGAAUCGUAACAACAUUGGUGAUAUGGGUGAAGUGAGUCUGACUGAUUAUGAUGUUGAUCCAGUGCCAACUUCAUCAAAGUUCUUGGAACCUGGACCUAUUCAACAUGGAAGCCCUCUGAAUCCUUACAUUCCAAAACCUCCACCUCCUGGAGAUUAUGACUAA